AUGCCCGAUAUUGAAAAUUACGAGCCAACAGAUGCUGAGCUUGCCGACGUACUAGCAUCAGCAGGUGCUGCUCUCGGCGACGAAGGGCUGUCCACAGAGGAGGCUGAAGUAGCAGACAUGGACGCGCAGCACAACAACGCAGCCCACGGCGAAUACGAUACCUUGGCUGCAGAAGACGAUAUUCUUUUCGAAACUUCCCCUGGAGAAUCGCUUCGUAGGAGCCGUCCCUUCAAUCACGAACUUCUCACACAUCAACAUCUCGGUGUAUCAGCGCUCGGUCGUCCUGUCGAAGCCCUAAUAAUCAAGAACCCCAAUCGAAUGCGGCGCUCGAGGAAGCAAAUACCAGUAAUUGAACCUGAAGUCACAAACGCUGAACCUUCUGCCGAGCUGAAGUGGACCGACUACGUUGCGAACCCGGACGAGGAACAGGACCCGGUACUCGAAGCCUGGGACAACAUUGACGAGAUGCGACCAGCCGAGACAAAGACGAUAUCUGCCCAUGAAUAUCACAGAUUAGUAGGGUCACUCGUCGACGGCUUUACGCAGGGGCAGCUCACCAGCUACAUUACCAUGAAGCACGCGCAAGAACUUGAAGCGCAAGAGGCACAGGAGUCACAAAUGCACCCCUGGAUUCAAAAGCAGACGCCUUGGCAAGCAGGCUAUCGAAUUGAGCUGGAAAGCAAAAAACCAAAAUUCGUCUGCUCGGCCGCCAUUAUUGACAAAAUUUGGAAGCUCGAGGUGCAAGAGCAAGUCGAGUCCCUGGGGCGUGCAUUAGUAUGGGUUCAACCUGUUACCUUUCGACUGCUCACAGGACAUGGGCGACCUGUGCUUGAAGCCAUUCAGCGUGAAAUGCUGAACCCCGGAAACAACGAGAGGCUUGCCGCCAAAUCUGAAGAGUCCCGGAUUGGCAUAUACGCCCCCAAAGCAGCCAUCCCUCCCAUAAUAGCACGAUUGAAUAGCCUUGCGCAGGCAGUCACGUCUACUAAAAUCCCGACAAAGGACAUAAAGAAGGAGAACUUGACACAAUUUACACUCGAUAGCCUCGCAAGCAUCACGAAUACUAUCAUAGAAAAGAGUGGCAGUGGAGAUCACUUGACAGUUCACUGGAUCGCCGACCACGACAGACCAAAGCCAACAAACGCGGCCGCGGAUGCAAGCAUUACGCCGGAAGGGCCUGCAGAUAUCGUUUGGCGUCUUCUCAUGGCUGCCCAAAGUGCCCCCGAAGCCGAAGCCGACCUUUCUUCCAAGAUGAUUACACGCGCAGGGCGAGGCAAGAAACCAAAGGGUGCUGUAUACAUCGAUCACCACCGGGACGACCGCAGCAGGUCAUGGCGGGACAAGCUCAGGCCGUGGACGCGCUACACCGACGUCGUGGCCAAGACGGAGGAGAACAGCCCUUUGCCACCGUUGCAACUCUCAACUCGAGUCAUGCUUGAGGAGCUGCCAUCAUCGCCAGCCUCAGAGGCGCUCAGUGUGUCCGAGGUGACAUUCGCCACGUUUGGUCAUCUUCUACACCCCAAAGACGCCGCCAAGGUACCAGGCAAGAAGAACGCCACCGCGAGCCGCCGCAUCCUGUCGCCCGUGAUUCCACACCCCGCCGCGCUCACCACGCUCUCCGCCGGCGACCAGCCUGUCACGCAGUCCACCGCCAUCGUCCUGCACUUUGCUCCCGAUCCGACGACGGAGCAGCACGCCGGCAGCGCCACCACCGAGGAUGCCACGCCGCUCCCGCGUGUGCGGCUCACCCUCCCUGUCGACGAGACCACAGACCUCUCCAACUUUGACGUGCCGCCCAGCUCAACCCUGCACGCCGUGGCCGCGCAGCGCGUGCAGGACCUGCUCCUGCCCGGCGAGAGCGUCGACGUGCGCCUGACCCGGCAGCGGCUCAUCGCCCUCGACACCGCCCACCAGCCAGCCAUGCGACGCUUCCUGGCCGCGUCCGAGUUUAACCUGCUCGAGGGGCGGCUGCGCACGCCCAGCCGCGUCGCCCUCUCCUUGCCCGGCGGAGGCGCGGAGGCGGCGUUGUACCUCUUCAUGGGUCUCGAGGUGCGCCAGGCGGUCGAGACGCGCCUCGGCCGGCACCACACCAUCCGCUACGAGAGCGUGGAGGCCGGGCAGCACGGCGGCCAGCGCCAGGAGCUCUCCCUGCACCGGGCGGUGCCGCCAGCGACCGCCGCCGACGGCGCCAAGGAAGGCGACGACGGCUUCCUGCAGCUCGUCGAGGACGUCGCCGCCGGUCACGUCUUCUCGUGGAACGACGGCGCGGCCCUGAUGCAGCGCCGCUCGAGCGAGACGUUUACAAUGGACAUGCUCGAGGACGCAGCGCUCGACGACGAGCCCCUGCUUCUUGAGCCAGAGGCAGAGGAGACGGAGCAGCCGCGGGAUGACGCGACCGGGUCGAGGGAGGAGAGCGUGGUAGCAGAGCACGUGGAGGAGGUGCCCGCAGAGCCCGGCGCUCAGGAGACGGCUGCCUCAGAAAGCGAGCGGCUGACCAAGGAAACGGCCGACUCGGAAGAGAGUUCUCUCGGUGGAGAAGCGACGGCGAGCGAGUCUGCCUCGACUUUGUCGGCUGCGGCGGAGGAGCCACCACCUUCAUCAUCGGACGACAAACUGUAA